AUGAAGUUCUUCAGCAUCCUCGUCGCAGUGGCGCCGGCCGCCCUCGUCUCGGCUGCCGACUUUUACGUCGCCACCACCGGCUCGGACAGGGCCGCCGGCAGCCUCGCCGCCCCCUUCAAGUCGAUCCAGGUUGCCAUCACCAAGAGCGGUACCGCUGCCAAGCCCUACACGAUGACGGCUUACAACAGCGAGAGCGUCAUCAUUGAUGGCGAGGCCCUCACUGGUACCCCGGCUGCCCUCGAUGCCGCCCUUGCCAACAAGGACCGUGGUAUCUUCCACAUUGAGAAGGCCAAUUACUGGAAGUUCUACAAGCUCACCUUCAUCAACGGGCCCUACGGUGUCUACGUCCGUGACGGCACGAACCACUACUUUGAGCGUAUCACCACCCACGACAACUACGAGACUGGCUUCCACAUGGAGGGGGCCCUGUCCAACAACCAGGUUGUCUACCUCGACUCCUACCGCAACCGUGACCCUCGCAAGAACGGCGAGAGCGCCGAUGGUUUUCGCUCUGAAGCAGGGCUCCGGCAAAGGGUAACGGAGUUCAAGGACCGUGUCACCGUCACUGACACGAUCGCCUGGGGUAACGGUGUCAACCGCUGGAACUUCUCCCCCUUCGCCGGUGACGGCAACGGUUUCAAGCUCGGCGGUCUCCCCUCGGGCAGCACCGGCAACGCUGACCACAUUGUCAACAACUGCAUCGCCUUUGGCAACGCCGCCAAGGGCUUCACCGACAACAAGCAGACGGGCACCUUCCUCUUCACGCGCAACACGGCCUACAACAACGGCGCCGUCGGCUUCCAGACCUCGGCCGCCAAGGCCACGUUCCAGAACAACAUUGCGGCCCGCAACUCCAAGACGACGGCCCAGUCCGGCCAGACCUCGCUCAAGAGCGCUACGAGCACGGGCAACUCGUGGAACAGCAGCCCCGUCUGGACCGACGCCAGCUUUAAGAGCGUCGACGUCUCGCUCGUCAAGGGCGCCAGGCAGGCCAACGGCAAGAUUGUCGCCAGCAACUUCCUGCUGCCCGCCUCGGGUGGCAACAUUGGUGCCACCACCAACUGGCAGUAA